AUGAAGCCCUACCAGGCUUUAUUUUCAGCCUUGGCACCUUUCUUGAAGGAUUGUCGGGAUUUGAUCAUUCAAGCCCGUGAGGCUAGCCUCACUCGCAUCGUCAUCAUGGCGACCCUCACAUUUGCCAAAGUCACUCAGAUGGACGGGUGGUAUCAUCGCUCUCAUCCAGGAGAAAUACCAAACGACCAUCUGAAAGAAAGAUACAAGGGCCUUGGGAAUCUCGAAGACCGUGUUGAAACCGCUCGCAAUUUCCUCGCGGCUGCGUUGAAACUAUGCGACAAACUGGGCAGUUUCCCUGAGUUCCACGAGAAGGUACAAGAGAUGACUUGCCUCUAUGAAGGACCGCAGUACGAGACCGUGACACUAGAAGAGCUUCAAUCGAUCAAGACAGCUAUGGUCAGCGGGCCAAGAGGAAUCGCGACUCACUCUGGGCACUGGUACAAUUGUGUCAAUGGACAUCCGUUUGCUAUUGGAGAAUGCGGCAUGCCGAUGGAACAGGCUAGAUGUCCUGAAUGCGGAGCGCGUAUUGGAGGGCAAAACCACACGGCUGUAGAGGGCGUAUCAAGAGCACGAGAGAUGGAGUAG